CCGCUGACGACCCAAGAUCGGCCUUUCGGCUCGCCAGGUGACUCGACAAAGACCGGACGCUCCAACGCUCGAAAUUCACAGCCAGGCUUGACCCUCAUCACCAUGGACGCCCUGAAGAAGGUCUUUGAUGACAAAAAGGCGCAAGGCCAGCCGGCGCUGGUAACGUUCGUUACCGCUGGGUACCCUACCCCGGCGGAUACUGCGCCGAUCCUUCUCGCAAUGCAGCAGGGUGGUGCCGACAUAAUUGAGAUGGGAAUCCCCUUCUCUGAUCCCAUAGCAGACGGCCCAGUGAUCCAGGAAUCGAACACAGUCGCGCUGCAAAACGACGUGGACUACCCGCAAUGCCUUGGCAUGCUCAGGGAAGCACGUAGCAAGGGAUUGACGGCACCGGUUCUCCUGAUGGGUUACUAUAACCCCUUACUUGCAUACGGCGAAGAGAAGGCAAUACACGAUGCGCGCGAAGCUGGUGCUAGUGGGUUCAUCAUGGUGGACUUGCCUCCUGAAGAAGCCAUGGUUUUCCGCGAAAAAUGCACGAAAGCUGGCGUAUCGUACGUUCCGUUACUUGCACCCUCCACCACCCUUCCGCGCAUCAAGUUCCUGGCGUCCAUCGCGGACUCCUUCAUCUACGUUGUUUCCAAGAUGGGAACGACUGGCUCGACGUCUGACAAAAACUCGGUCAACAGUGCGCUACCUGACCUCAUCGCACGCGUCCGACAGUAUGCAACCGUACCCCUGGCUGUUGGCUUUGGUGUGGCGACCCGCGAACACUUUGAGACCGUCGCAGCAGCAGGAGCUGACGCGGUGGUCAUUGGUAGCCGCCUCGUUUCCGUCAUCAAGAAUUCGCCCAAGGGCACCACGGCCAUCGCGAACAAUGUGGAGAGCUACUGCCGCGAGAUCAGCCUCAAGGGCACCGCGCCUCAACUCCCACCCUUGCCCGCCGAGGGCAAGGUCACGACGCCUGUUGUCAACGCCGCCCAAGACGGAUCGGCAGGCACGCACGGCGAUUCAGCCGCCGAUCCCGCCGUACUACCCUCGCGGUUCGGCCAGUUUGGUGGACAGUAUGUGCCGGAGUCUCUCGUCGACUGCCUCAUCGAGCUGGAGGCAGCUCACAAGGCCGCUAUGGCUGAUCCCGAGUUUUGGAAGGAGUUCCGCGGGUUGUACGGCUACAUGAACAGGCCGAGCAAUCUGUACUUCGCGGAGAAGCUCACCGCCCAGGCUGGGGGUGCCAAGAUUUGGUUGAAGCGAGAGGAUUUGAACCACACCGGGUCUCAUAAGAUCAACAACGCCAUCGGCCAGAUCUUACUCGCAAAACGGAUAGGCAAGAAACGUAUCAUUGCAGAGACAGGUGCGGGUCAGCACGGAGUGGCUACCGCUACCGUGUGCGCCCGUUUCGGUCUGGAGUGCAUCAUCUACAUGGGUGCCGAAGACGUCCGCCGCCAAGCCCUCAACGUCUUCCGCAUCGAGAUGCUCGGAGCCAAGGUCAUCCCCGUCCAUUCCGGUUCGUGCACGCUUAAGGAUGCCGUCAACGAGGCGAUGCGAGAUUGGGUCACAAACCUCUCGACGACACAUUACCUCGUUGGCUCCGCUAUCGGGCCGCAUCCGUUCCCGACGAUUGUCCGUGAUUUCCAGAAGGUCAUCAGUGAGGAGAUCAAGGCGCAGAUGCAGGAGGUCGCAGGAAAGCUGCCUGACGCCGUCGUGGCCUGCGUCGGUGGAGGUAGUAACGCGAUAGGCACCUUCUACGAUUUUAUCAAGGAUCCGAGCGUAAGGCUCAUCGGAGUUGAAGCGGGCGGCGAAGGUAUCAAUGGCGAUCGCCAUAGUGCUACGCUGUCUGCCGGCACACCGGGUGUGCUUCACGGUGUUCGCACCUACAUCCUCCAGUCCAAGGCUGGCCAGAUCAUUGAGACGCAUUCCAUCAGCGCUGGUCUUGACUAUCCUGGCGUCGGACCGGAGCAUGCAUGGCUUAAGGACUCCGGUCGGGCAGAGUACGUGGUCGCCACCGACGAAGAGGCCCUCCGCGGUUUCAGGAUGCUGACCCAGCUGGAGGGUAUUAUACCAGCGCUGGAGUCAUCGCAUGCGAUCUGGGAGGCUGUACGAUUGGCCAAGACCUUGCCCAAGGAUCAGGACAUCGUUGUCUGUCUUUCUGGACGAGGCGACAAGGACGUAGAGCAGAUCUCGCAACUUCUUCCGGGAAAAUGGGCGGACAUUCUCGACUGGCAUGUGUCUUCGUAGGCAACUAAUUGCGUAAUUAUAGGGAAAGGUGUACAAGAGAUAAUACAUCGUCACGUCUAGACCCAGUAUGACCUCUACUUAUUCUAAGGAUACAUCUUCAGUUCAUUUUGUGGUGGUUGUAUAAGCCUAUGGUGGCAUCGGCGCCGUUCAUCGGACCGCUGCAGCCAAGACUCUGCUCUUGCGCCUCCUCGUAGGUCUCAUUGAUGCCGUUGGGAGCGGUGGGACUCUUGACCGCACCGCCGCCCUUACCUUCGAGCGCGUCGAUGUCACCUCCCUGCAGUUUGCCCUUCACGUUGUCCGCGCGCAAGCUCUCGAUGUAUUGUAGAUAUUCUGCGUCCACGCCCCCGGUGACGUACUCGCCCGUGAACACAGAGCAGUCGAAGUGUUCAAUGGCCGGGUUGAACUGCCGCACGGACGCAACGAGAUCCGGCAAGCUCUGGUAAAUGACGAGAUCCGCGCCGAUUUCCUUCGCGAUAUCUUCCUCGUCGCGAUUAUACGCCACGAGUUCGGAUCGCGAUGGCAUGUCGAUACCGUAGACGUUGGAAUAUCUGAUCGGUGGUGCGCAACUCGCGACGAUAACCUUCUUCGCGCCGACGUCCUUGGCCAUCUGUAUGAUCUCCUUGGAUGUGGUACCGCGUACGAUGGAAUCGUCCACGAUUAGCACGUUCUUCCCGGAGAACUCCAGUGCCAUGGCAUUGAGCUUCCGUCGAACGUUCUUCCGUCUCAUCUGUUGGCCCGGCAUGAUGAAUGUUCGCCCUACAUACCGAUUCUUAAUGAAUCCUUCUCGAUACGGCAGGCCCAGGCUUUGCGCCAGAUUUAGUGCAGCCACUCUGGACGUGUCUGGAACGGGUAUCACGACAUCGACCUGCAUAUAGUGCGCUCUUAGGACGCGGCGGACUUGGUCUGCCAGAGCAUCGCCCAUAGCCAUACGGCUACGAUACACACUGACGCCGUCAAGGACGGAAUCGGGCCGUGCAAAGUAGACGUAUUCGAAGAUAUCAGGGGCGAAAACAGCAGGAGGCGCGACUUGUCGCCGGGACACCGACGAGCGGGUGAUGAUUACAGCUUCACCUGGCUUCACGUCCUCCCAUUCUCCAAAGCCGGAAGCAUCGGCCACAACACUCUCCGAGGCGAACAAGUAGUCGUAUCCAUCAGCAGCCUUACGCUUCGCCAUGCCCACUGGCCGUAUGCCGUUAGGGUCCCUGAAGGCGAUUAUGCCGAACCCGGCGAGCAUGGCCACACAGGCGUACGCUCCUUUGCAUUGCUGCAUGAGCCCGCCAAUCGCGGUGAAGAUGUCGUCCUCGUUGAUUCGAAACUUGCCCGUCUGCUGGAGGUUGCUCGCGAAUAUGUUCAAGAGCAACUCGGAGUCGGAGGAGGUGUUUAUAUGCCUAUGCGCCUCGGCAUCCAUGAAACGCAGCAGCGAGGUAGUGUUGAUUAGGUUCCCAUUCUUCGGAAGGCGGAUGAGACGUGCUGUCUGCUUCGAAUAGGAGGACUCACAUGGGCGAAGACGAUCCCGUAUGGAGAAUUAACAUAGAACGGUUGCGCUUCGGCAUGAUGUGAGCUUCCGGCAGUUGGAUAGCGAACUACAAGAGAGGGUCAAGCGUAAGACUGCGUUCAUCCGGAGUAGACCGUGUGGCGCGUACCAUGCCC